AUGGACAGUUUAGAAUCCCUCCGUGGCCUGAUCCAGUCCCACCCGCUGAUCGAUAAUCAUGCUCAUAAUCUGCUGAAUAAAGAGUCGGCGACCGACUACGAAACAUAUCCCCUCGAGGCAAUCACAUCCGAAGCUCAUGGUCGGGCCUUGGCGAAUGCACGCACCACUCUGCCCUUGAUCCGAGCUACCAACCAGCUUUCUGAGCUAUAUGGCACUGUUUGCAAUAACUGGGAUGAUGUCCUGUCAGCUCACAAGAAGUGGGUCUGUGAAGACUACGAAGGCCUUAUUCGACGAUCACUGAAAGGCACCCACGCAUUACUUCUUGAUGAUCUCCUCUGCGACGAUGAAGACAUCGAAUCUUUCAACUGGCACGAUAGUUUUACCGUCUCGCCGACCAAGCGGAUCGUGCGAAUUGAGACGGUAGCGGAGUCAGAAAUGCUUCAAAUAGCCAAAAGCGAGCGCAAGGCUGGCGAAUCUGUCUGGAAUAACUUCCGUCAGCGCUUCCAGGACGCUCUGUCCAAUGCAAUGGAGGAUCCCAAUGUCGUUGGUUUCAAGUCUGUUGUUUGCUACCGCACUGGUCUGGAUGUGGAUCCCUAUUCUUCCGACGAUACCACCUUGGCCGGUUCGUUGGUGCGCACCCUCGAUUCCGGGACCACUAGAUCUGGUUUCCGAGUUGAAGACAAGCCUCUGUGUGAUUGGUUAGUUCAGCAAACUCUCAAAGCCAUUACCUUCAAGAAGAAGGCUGGAAUUGUCAAGCCACUUCAAUUCCACACCGGCUUGGGAGACAACGAUAUCGACCUUGUGCGAGCAAACCCUGCCUAUCUGCAACCUUUGAUUGCUCAAUAUUCGGAUGCCGAUAUCGUUUUACUCCAUUCUGCGUAUCCGUACACGCGACAGGCGGGUUAUCUCGCCAGUGUUUAUUCCAACGUCUACCUUGACCUGGGUGAAGUCUUCCCCAUGGUUAGCCGAGACGGCCAAGAGAAGAUCCUCAGAGAAAGCCUGGAGUUGACGCCCACCAAUCGUCUUCUUUGGAGCACUGACGGUCACUUCCAUCCAGAGACUUUCUGGCUUGCUAACCUGCAAUUCCGUCAAGCUCUUGAGACAAUUUUCGUAGACUAUGUUCAACGCGGCGACUUCACCACUACCCAGGCUUCAAAAAUGGUUGCCGAUAUACUGUUCCACAACUCCAAUCGUCUCUAUAGCCUCAACUUGACACUAGGUCAGACAAGCGACGUUUAA